AUGGUGAAGGUCUGUCUGAUCAAGGAAAUAGAUCCUGUGAAUGGGUCCAACCCUCUAAAAAGGCCCUCUGAUUUAGACAACGCUUCCACCUCAUCCCAGUCCCAUUCUGACACUGACCCCUGUGAGACUCCCCUUUCAUCUGCCCCAGUUACUCCUGCUACUGAUCAUGAAACCAGUGUUAGUGAAACUGACCCCAGCACCAAAGGCUUUGAUCAGUAUAAAAAUGCUGACCUCCAGGAUCCUUACAUUAUACCAUCUAACACUUUGAAACCAAUAGCCACCAAUUCCCCUCCACCACAUCUUCCUGAUCCCUCAUCAUCUCCUGACGACUCUUCAUCCCUGUGCCUAUCAGAUCCCGACUCCUCUCUGACAUCCCCUAUUUCUCAACCUCCUAGUCCUAGUCCAUGUCAUAGUGAUGAAUUUCUUCCUGUCUCUGAGAUCCCUCCUGACAUUAAAAUUCCUCAGGUCCCUCAGCAUGUAGAUGUACCCAUCUCAUCUCCUCUUUCUACUGUUCCUUCCUCAGCCAUUUCAACACCUAACAUGAUUAUGAUUGACUUCGAGGAAGGUAGUCAUGAUUUUGAUGCAUGUUCUGCUCCUUGUGUGACAAUUCCUCCUUCUCCCCCUCCUCCUCCCCAUUCUACACCUCCUCCUCCUGUACCACCUUCCCCCAACAUUGCCACGGUAACGCAAUUAGAGACUGUAAUUGACAAAGCUCCAGCCUUGGAUACCGAUCCUGUUGAUCAUGGUAAUGAUCUUGAAUCCCGAUCUCAUGUAAGCACUGGUAAUUCCAAACCAUUGAACACUAUGGUCAUCCCCACUAACAUUAAGUCAGUAUCUUCUCGGGACAAUGUUGCCCUAGACGAUCUUAACUUCUUGUUACAAGCAAGUGAUAUUCACACCUGCCAUCUCUCCUCCUUCAAUUUCCCUGAUCCACUCACAUCCUAUGGUCUACACCAUGGAUUCACUUCCCUCACACUCCCUCAUGGUCCUGGUCCUCCUCUUAUGACACGUUGCUGA